AUGGUGCAAUAUAGCAUUGAGUCUUUCGACGCUGGCCAAUUGGACGACUUCGACAAAAACCACGUCAAUCCUGGCCAUGCAGACGCCACCAGGGCAACAGCACAGCAUACAGUGAGGUGCUGUCUAGCGUGGGACAGGCCACUGACUAUAUGGGUGGAGCGAUUACAUAACACCACUUACACCCCAAAUCGGUCGCAUGCACCAUUGAUUCUUAAUGCGGAUGAAUGCUAG